GUUGUGUCAAAAGCUAUACAUUAUAGAAAAGAAAUGAAUAUUUCAUUUAAUGAAAAAGUAAAAUUAUUGAAAAAUUAUAUUUUGAAUGGACUUCUUCGUGUACUUGGAUGUCAUAUUAGAUGUGACAGAUAAACGGUAUCUGAUUGAAUUGGUGUACCCAAUAAAACUACAGUCAACAACUAUAUUUUUGUUCAGGUAUUUUUGUGAGGGGAUUAAAAAGAAUGAAAAUAAUUUAGUCCCUGAAUUACAAAAAUAUGGUAUAUGGAAUGAUUUAAUGGCAGCAAUAAAUUUGGUAGCAUUUCACGCUAAUAGUUUAAUACACAAUGUUAAUAAUAACUGUGUUAAAGGUUACAAUAGCAUAGUUGCUAAGUAUAUAGGCGGUAAACGUGUUAACUUUUCAUUUAAAGGCUCAUAUAAUUUACGUUGUCAUACCGCAGUAUCUGCGUAUAAUUAUGGUCCUUCUCAUCUCAGACAAUUCAUAAAAAAGUAACAAACUUUAGCCCUGGGAAAUAUAUAAAACAAUAUAUUUCUAAGAAAAAAAAAAAAUUCUCCAUAGACGUCGACUUGUCA